UAAACAGCUGCUAAUGUUUCCUCACGGAGAACUUACGCAGCUGUAUAAGCAUGCGUUGCGGUUGUGAAAUUAAAAGAAGAAGACGUUUUUUCAUCUCUUUGGAGUCAGUGGACUAUUUUUGUUUUGAAGUUCUGAUUAAAAAAUGUCAUCUGUUGAGGUGGUUCUGGGUUUCCUUGAGGAGGCCGAACCGUGGUGGCUUCGGUCCGCGCAGUUCCCGAGCAAGGUCGGAGGGAAGCCGGCGUGGCUCAGCCAGACGGGCCUACCCUCCCAGUUCGAUCUGGAGUGUGAGAAAUGCGGGCUGCCCAUGGUCUUCCUGCUGCAGGUGUAUGCACCAAUUUCAGGUCAGGACAGAAGUUUUCACAGAACCCUCUUCCUGUUCUGCUGCAGAACUCCUGAGUGCUACUCACACAACGACAGUCGCUGCAUGAAAGUCCAAGCUUCUUGGUUGAUUUUCUUCACAUCAGUUUUCAGAAGUCAGCUCCCCAGGAAGAAUGAGUUCUACUCCUAUGACCCUCCUCCAGAUGAUGAACCACAAAGCGUCUCUGAAGAAGACCACAAUGUCUUAUCCAUCUCUGGAGUCAAACUGUGCUGGGUGUGUGGUUGCCCUGGAAACAAGGCCUGCUCCCGCUGCCACACUGUGACCUACUGCGGUAGGCACCACCAGACUGUCCACUGGAAACACUCCCACAAAAAGGAGUGCCUCAGCGCAGAGGCUCCCACUGUUGCUGCCUCUCCCCUUCUCUUCCCCGAGUCUGAGCUUGUGAUUGAGCCUGAAGAGGAAGGGAAGGAGUGGGAGGAUGGAGAAGAUGCAGAGAGCAAAGGAGGAGGAGAACAGGGCAGCGUGCAGAGAAGUACUGAUGGCCCUUCCUCAGCUGACACACUGGCAGAGGCAGACUUGGAGGAGAUGGCUUUGCACGAGACUGAAGACGACAAAGUGUUCCAGCGUUUUAAGAAGAAGAUCGCCUCAGAGCCGCACCAGGUGAUACGUUACAGUCGAAGAGGUUGUCCCCUGUGGGUCUCUUCUAAUCAUGUCCCAUCAGAGGAGGAAAUCCCAUCAUGCACCUGCGGCGCCGAGAGGACGUUUGAGUUACAGGUGAUGCCCCAGCUGUUAAACAGUCUCUGCGUGGACUCAAUAGGAGCGAGCAUCGACUGGGGGACCGUGGUGGUUUACACCUGCUCGGUCAGCUGCAACCAUGGAAACCAGUACUGCUCGGAGUUCAUCUGGAAACAGGACUUCAGCUCAGAUCGACAGACGCAGGAUAAAGAGACUUAGUCCAGCUUUGUUGGUCAUAGUUGCACGAGCAAAAGUGCUCAAAUGAACUGAAGUUGUUUAGUAAGAGUUGGACCUCUGGGUUUCCUAAUAUAAAAAGUGACCACAUGAAGAAAUCCUCACCCACUGCUGAUGAAAAAGUUUUUUUAACUGCACAGGAAGUGAUAAUGAAAAGUAAAGCCACUCUACAUUAACUGUAAACAUGUUCUUGUUUAUGGCUGACUACAUUUCUUUCACUUGAGGGAAUCCAGAUAGAUGAAACAUGUUCUGUUUAAGUGAUGUAUUAAAUCUACAGGCCAGACAGUAACCAGACAUGGAUGUGGUUAGUAAAACCUCCGAAAAACAUCAAAA